GAACAGCUUAGUAUUAAGUGUUUUUCUCCCUCUCCUGCGGUUCAAAAACCCUUCCAAAGCCCUAAACGAGGGACGUCAGUGGUGGUUCCCGCGACUCCGGACCAACAUGCCCGGACGUAUGUCAGAUCCCAGUGAUUCUCUUGUUCCUUUUUCGCCGGACGUGAGAGACCCAGUUGUUUAUUCACUCCACCACGACCUUAAAGCCCCAAUCUCUCGCCUCUCCAUCUCCUGGUCCAAAGGAAAUUGCCUUCGUGUGUCUUUUUUCGGAAAAAAAUCGUCGAAUUCCAGCGCCGAGGGUUCUGGAAACUCCAAUGAUCAAAUUGGCGGGAAAGUUGUGGAGGUGAAGUUAAGCUCUGAAGAUGGAGAGAUCGAUGAGGCGCAGAAGCGAAGGAUCGCUUAUGGUUCAGUUUCUCCAUUUGCACUUCUUCAGAGUCGGAAGAAUUCUAUGUCAUUAUUGUCAAAAAUGUCGAUGGGUUCGUCUACUUAUCACGUUGAGUGGUGGGAACAUGUUAUGGAGUACAGUAAAGAUAUAAAUCUUCUUCUUGGGAGUCCAAAACCACUUCCUAGUCCAGUCAUUGAAGACCCAAAGACAGUUUUGAAGGCAAUGGAGAAGCCCACCUGUUUGAAGGCUGCCUGGGAACUGAUGGAAAUAUUUUAUGCGGACAAGCAGUCACAGGCUUGGCUCCCAGAGAGCCUUGUUGAUUGGUUAGCAGAUUAUGAUAACCUUCUAUCAGAAACAGGGACAACUGUCUAUUCAAAACUUGUUGAUCUGCAAAAAGAACUUGUGACCUUACAGGCUGUUGAAGAUAAUCCAAAAUAUUGGGAAGGGAUAUCAUCAGCACUUGCAGUUGGCUGGCUUGAGAUUGUGGUCAAAUUGUUGAGAUUGCAUGGAUCUUAUCAGCUUGAUCAGCUAGGAAAUCGUGAGACAGAGAAUGGUCUGGUGGAGGCAGUUGCUGUUCUAAUCUCCAAAAUGCCACGUAUUCGUACUGAACUAGCAGUUGGAAGGUUAGGUGAAUGCUAUAAAACAAAGCCUGAUUUUGUCAAGGCAUGGGAAAAAUGGCGAGGGCAAAUUACAAAGCUGGAAUGCAGUGCAUUCUGGGUUCAGUGUGAUCACCGCCAGACAAGAGAAGGAUUAAAGAAUGUUCUACAAAUUAUGUUGGGAAACACCAACUCUCUCAAUACUGUGACAAGCCAUUGGAUAGAGUUGUAUAUAUCUCACUUCCUUUAUGUCAGGCCAUUCACAAUGGGUCUAGAAAGCAUGUACAGUUUAGCUCAGAAAUGCAUGCAAUUAAAACCAACAUCCAGCACCCAUAGGUUGAUGGGGCUUCUCCUUGGAAUUCUAGGAGAAAAUACUGAGGUUGUUUUGGCUGAAUGUUCAAGGUCAUUUGGUCCUUGGAUGGUUGCACAUGCUGUAGAACUAUUGACAGCAGGGAGCAAGCAAGCAGAAAUUCUGUUACAUGAAGAGCGUUAUAAUCUGGGAGGUAUCAGCAUAGAGGAGCUUCAUCGGCUUGUAUAUGCUCAAAUUCUAUCUUCUCAUGCUCUAACCUGGCAAAUUGCUCCAAUUUAUUUGACAUCAUGCACAAAGCAGGGAAUGGGUUUGUUGGAAAUUUUAUUGUACAAGCAACCUAUACAACAUAAUCAUCUGUUACUUAAGAGUUUGGAGAUUUGCCGUCUAUAUGAACUUGACAGUAUCAGUUCAAAUAUUAUGAAGAUUGCUGGAAUACACCACUGGAAGCAUGGUAAGAAAGGGUCUGGAAUUUUCUGGCUACAGCAAGCUCAGGAUGAAGUCCGGCUUAAUAGAAUUGCUCAACAGUUGUUUGAUUUUGUUGGGAAGUCGAUAUCUGAUGAAAGUUUCAAGCAAUGGGAAGGAUUAAUUGAACUGUUGGGUUCUGAAGCCAGGACUGUAGGUGGUCUUGAGUUUCUUCACAAGUAUAGGGACUUCAAAAAAUCCCUUCAACAGGUUCAGGAUGGUCACAUUACUGAUGCUGCUCGACAGGCUGUGGAAUCUCUUAUACUGCUUAUGAAGAACCCAUCCACACCACAACGUUUCUGGUUGCCUCUUCUGCAUGAUUCGAGAACUGGACCAGGCAUAGAAGCAGAAAAGAGAGGUUCAUUGGUGAAGUUGCUUAAUUGGUCAGAACAUCCUCUUUUGAACAUCUCACAGACAAACCUUUUAUUGAACAAACUACAAGAGUUGUCCAUGGCAAAGUUACACCCAGACUUUAUUGAAGCUGACUUGCCACCUCAUGCCCUUAACUCUGUGAGACUAGCCCUGGCUACAAAUCUUGGGCGUGCUUUUCUGGAGGAGUGAUUUUUUUGAAGCUUUGUAACAUAAAGCUGCAAACAGGUCUGGGUCACUGUACUGUUAACAAAGACAAUGGUCUCCAAAUCCAAUUCUCCAUAAGAGGGGGCUCACUUGACUAGACGGUGCAUGAAAGCGUGUUUUUUGGCCGAGGUAUCUUCCACAUGAAGUUUCAUGCCGGUACUACUUUCAACUGACCAGAUGACAAAUGGUUUUGCUGGUGGUGGUUCACAUAUCUUUUCUAAAUUUAGAGCUUGCUUCGGCAAGCUAUGUCCGGAGUUAGAUGACAGGCAUGUAACUAAUUAAUAUGAUCUUAGACUAAUUAUUUAGGCGAGGUGGGGAGUAUCUUGUUUAGUUUGUCAAUUAUCAUGUAUAAUUGUGAUUUUAAGUACUGUAUACCGUGGUGUUUAACUGUUCAUCUGAUACCAUUUUAUUCAAAGGCGUGGCCAAUUUCAAGGA